UUAAGCAUUUCCAGUCAAAACAUAACCUAUAAAAAACGUACAUAAAAACAUUGAUGGUACGUUCGGUUUUGUGUAUUCAAUAGUAGAUUGAUUCUUCAAGAUGUCUUUGGCCGACGAACUGUUGGCCGAUCUGGAGGAGAACGAGCAGGACAUCGAGGAUGAGUUCAUGGAAAGUCAGAAGCAGGAGGAGGUGGAGGAGAAGAAACCCGAUGUUAAGGAUUUCUUCAUGGAUGUGGACACACAGCAGAUCAACUCUAUCCGCGAGCUGUGCACCUUGAGAGAUUCUGAAACAUUGGCCAAAAUCCUGAGGCAAAUCGAAGGGUACGGCAACAAGAUCAGGAAAGCCUCCGAGAUCAUUGGCCCAGUAGAAUCAGAUCCUGAAUACAUGCUGAUUGUUGAGGCCAACAAUACAGCUGCACACAUCGAUAAUGAAAUUGCUGCAAUCAAUAAAUUUGUCAGGGAUAAAUAUCAGAAGAGGUUCCCUGAAUUGGAUUCUCUGGUUGUUGGACCAUUGGAGUAUGUGAAGACGGUGAAGGAGUUGGGAAACGAUUUGGAUCAAGCCAAGAACAAUGAGAUUCUGCAGCAGUUUCUAACGCAGGCAACGAUCAUGGUUGUCUCGGUGACGGCGUCCACAACGCAAGGGAGCAUGUUGACGGAUUUCGAGAAGUCCCAAAUCGACGAAGCUUGCGACAUGGCCAUAGAACUUAACAACUUCAAGCUUAAGAUCUUCGAGUACGUGGAGAGUCGCAUGGCUUUCAUAGCGCCAAACCUGUCUCUAAUCGUCGGUGCUUCAAUAGCUGCGAAGCUGAUGGGUGUCGCCGGUGGUUUGACCAGACUUUCAAAGAUGCCUGCUUGCAACAUUCAGGUCUUGGGACAACAGAAAAAGAAUCUGUCGGGAUUCUCUCAAACGCAUACUUUACCGCAUACAGGACACAUCUAUUACUCAGAAAUAGUACAGAACACUCCACCGGAUUUGCGGAUGAAAACUGCUCGGUUAGUGUCGAACAAAUGCGCGCUCGCUGCUAGAGUUGACGCGAAUCACGAGAGUACGGAUGGUAGAAUCGGAAGGAAUUUGAGGGAGGAGAUCGAGAAGAAGUUGGAUAAACUUCAAGAACCACCGCCAGUGAAGUUCGUGAAGCCUCUACCCAAACCCAUUGAAACUAGCAAGAAGAAGCGCGGUGGAAAGAGAGUUAGGAAGAUGAAGGAACGAUACGCCAUCACCGAAUUCAGGAAGCACGCGAACAGGAUGAACUUUGCUGAUAUUGAGGAUGAUGCGUAUCAAGAGGAUUUGGGUUAUACCAGAGGAACUAUAGGAAAGUCGGGAACCGGUAGGAUUCGGUUACCUCAAGUCGAUGAGAAGACCAAAGUGAGGAUAUCCAAAACGCUGCAGAAGAACCUUCAAAAGCAACAGAUUUGGGGCGGAAGCACCACAGUGAAAAAACAGGUUUCCGGUACUGCUUCAAGCGUUGCCUUCACACCAUUACAGGGAUUGGAGAUCGUUAAUCCGCAAGCGGCUGAAGUCAAGGUCAACGAGGCAAACGCCAAGUACUUCUCAAACACCUCAGGAUUCUUCCAAAGCGAUAAGAAAUAAAUAAAUAGCUUUAAACACGUUAGGAAAUGUAUUUUUUUUAAUUGAUUCUUAAACGAAAGAAAACAAACAAACACGAAAAGGUGAUCAGUACAAAAACGUUGUUUUUUUUUCUCACUUUGAAUUACUG